CACACUCAAAGCAUCCUUUGUGCCCGCUGCCACAUCCGCUCAUCUGCUAUCCAAAAAUCCAUCAGCACACCGGUCUCCGAGCCUACAGGUCACACAAAAGGAUGUCAACAACAGAAUUGCAGGCAAAAGCUCCGCAGGAAAUACGCAAUGUCGUGCAAUUCCUACGGAGUAGUAAAUCUGACAUGAAAAUUCGUGUAGGCGCGCUCAAUGGCAAACGUGUCGACUACUUCAAAGGCAAAUCAGCAACGAAGGCUCUCCUUUCGCCGGCGUACGCCAAACUCAAACACGUCCCAAAAGUAACCACGGACGCUGAAGCUCAAGCACUUCUUCAGUCCAUAAUUCCAUAUACAUUCUAUCUACGCAUCGACCGUGGGGCAGCUGCAACCUCUUCCUCACCACGUCCUGUCGCUGUCACUCCCCAGCAGGCCUUCGUAGCUGAAUCGUACUAUGCUUGGUUCUACGAGGGUCCGCAGUGGACAACCUAUGCGGGUGGCCUCCUCAUGGUCGCCAUCAUGCUUGCUGGAGUCAUGUUCCCAUUAUGGCCACCUGUGAUGCGUCUGGGCGUGUGGUACAUCAGUGUCGGCAUGCUGGGCCUCAUCGGCGCGUUCUUCGGACUGGCCAUCGUCAGACUCGUGUUUUAUGUGAUCACGCUUGUCGUCGCAAGCCCUGGAAUUUGGAUAUUCCCCAAGCUGUUUGCAGACGUGGGUGUGAUCGAGUCGUUUAUUCCAUUCUGGGAGUGGGAUAUUCCACAGAAAAAGAGCAAGAAGCGAAAGGGAAAGGAAGCUGUGAAGACCACUCCAGAGGAGAAGCUUGCGACAAAUGGUGGUGCCUUUAUCGAGGAAGUUGUAGAUGAAACCCCGGAAACUUCACGCCCUGCAAGUCGAUCUGCUCGUGUAGAAGAAGCUUCCGAUGAUGGAGAGUCAUAACGUGUGCGAUCAGAAGGAGCUGUGGAUGUAACGGGGGCUUGUUUUUGAGAUACACGCGGGAAAAGUUUGAUGGAAGAAUUUUGACUCGAAUUCACGACUUUAUAUUUUACGGUUUUCCCUUCAUUGGACGGAUAGCCGCUAGACGAUUUUUCAUACUAUGGUUAUUCAGACGUUUUAUCUUCGCGCUGUCAAUUUUUCGUGUUGUCACUCUUCCCGUAAUGUAUCUAAUAUUCGAUAUCCCAUGAUUGGGGAUGGGACUUAUAUAUAUAUAUUGACCAAAUCAUUGCACCUACUAGGCGUCUAUGUUUUUGAGAUUGUCUAUUGGUUACUGGGAUGUGAUUGGUUCGGCGACGAUGAUUUGCCAUUUUCCUUGUUGGCUUUCUCACCUAACUUGUCUAAUCUUCUUACCGCUUUUCGCACU